GACGCCACUUUUCACCAUCAACUGCGAAAAUCCCAUCACCUAAUAAAUCCUUUAGAAUGAUGUAAUUGUACUGACCCUGCGCAUACAGUUUUAGGCAAUCAUCAAAACAAUCCUCAUUUAGCAUUUAUGAAGAGCAAAUCUAGUUUUACAUAGUUUUGCUUUUAUAUAAUUCAAUCUCCGAUUCCCAAAAGGAAGAAGUAAAGAGAUGAGGGAAAGUCAGGUAAAUACAUACCUUUCCAUAAUUCUCAAAGUUGGUUUUGAGUAUAUAUUCAAUAUUGGCUGGCUCGGAGGUGUAGAUCUCAUUCCUGAGCGGACCGAUCAGCCUGUAGGUCCGAUACUUCCCGGCAAGAUCAGUCAUAUAAUGGUGCAAUCUACUGAAGUUGAGAAGCUGGUUGAAGAUUGUGCCACCCACAGGAUGGUACUUAUAUUUUCUCCGAUUUUUGUUCAGACUUCUAGCGAGGACCUUGAAGGUGAAGAUAGAGAGGACAAUAGCAAAACUGGUGAGGGCGAUGGUGCAAAGAUCCAUGGCUUCCCCGUGGAUACCCCUGGCUUGGCUUGCUUAGAUGGAAGAUAGAUAUAUAUAUAUACAUACAGAAAACUGUUUUGCAGUACGCCAGAAAAAUUAAUUAAAUCUCUGCCAAAAAAAAUAAUAUAAAAAUAAAUUGAAGUGCAUCUA